GUGUCCGCCGGGGCUUCUCCCUGCCCGGGGGCGCGGGGCUGACUCCUUUCCGCGGCGUCUUGUGGUUGGGUUUGCUGCGGAGUGGUAGCAGAGGGUCUCCCGGCCGGCAGAACCACCUUCUCCGAGCCCGGCCGGGGCUCCCUCCUCUCCGGCUGCCGCAGAUCGGCUCCUUCCCGGGCGGGACACCUCGAGCUGCUCUCAAGCGCCUCCGGCAGGGCGGCUGCCUAGAGCGUGGGGAGCAGCGAGGGCGGGAUCCAGCCCGCAGUGCCCGGCGAAGCUGGUCCGGGCGCUGCAGAGGAAGGGAGCGAGCGGCGGGGGGCGCGAUCGUUUCGGCUUGGUCGGCUCCACGUGGCGAAGCAGCUUCGCCGCGGAGUCGGAAACUAUUUGGGGCGGGGAGGGCCUUUCUCCGGACUCGGGGCUGCGCGCAGGUGGGCGCCGGAGGAGCCCGCGUCCCUUUCCGUCGGCAGGUUGCGCGCCGCGCUCUCCUUCCCGAAGACUUUCGACUAGGAGCAGGAAGCGGCAGCGGACGCUGCAUGGCCGUCCAUUUGCAAAGGCUCUCGCAGGAUGCUGACCUACAUUGUCCGGGUCCUGGCGCUUAAGGAGGGAGGAGGAUGUCCUGGAAAUGUUUGGCUAUUCCCCCCGCAACGCAAUCUGCCUCCAAUCUGAGCUCCACAACUCUUCGCCUACGCGCAAGAAAGGUUUCUAAAUGCGCCUGAACGCAAGGCGGCUGGAAUGAUCUCAAAAGGAGAAUGAUUGAAGCAAAAAAAUCGAAACGGGAGCCAUGGCAGGUGCUGCAUGGAAGCGCCUGCCUGCAAACACUUUGUGAGGGAGACGAUUCUAAAAACAGCACCAGGCGGGCGGAGCAUCUGCAAAGUGCCGGAGGAGCAGCGCGCCGCGUAGCGUGCAAUUGGGGUUCGAAUGAAGGUCACAGGCAGAGUUCCUGGCUGGUUUGAUUUGUUUUACCUAAGAUGAGAUGCUUGAAGGUGGGGGAGCAUAUUAGCUGAGACCUUAAACUUUAAUUAUUUGAACAACGUUAUGGUCUCGCCUCCUCCUCCUCACCCUGAGUUAUGGCUCGGCUGUGAAGGCAUCUAGAAAUUUUUCAGCUUGGAAACGGAAAGCAAUGAGUUUGCCCUCCUUAGGCUGCAUGCAUAUAACCUGUGGUAGCCAGGUAGAACCUCCAUGUUCAAAACAACAUGCCCUAGAAUACCAGGUUGGCAAUGGUCCUUCCCAGCCCAUUCAGCCUCCAGCUGUUCCAAAGCCUGUCCAAUCCACCGUUCCUGCUCCAGGCAGAGGAAAAAUAGCAAAACUCCUGAAUCCAGAAGAGAUGACAUCAAGGGAUUAUUACUUUGAUUCAUAUGCCCACUUUGGAAUUCAUGAGGAGAUGUUGAAGGAUGAGGUGCGCACAUUAACGUACAGGAACUCCAUGUAUCACAAUAAACAUGUUUUUAAGGAUAAGAUUGUAUUGGAUGUUGGAAGUGGCACAGGGAUCCUUUCAAUGUUUGCAGCAAAGGCAGGAGCCAAGAAAGUUUAUGGGAUUGAAUGUUCCAGUAUAUCUGACUAUUCCGAAAAAAUUGUCAAGGCAAAUCACUUGGACCACAUAAUCACAAUAUUUAAGGGUAAAGUAGAAGAAGUUGAAUUGCCUGUGGACAAAGUAGACAUCAUUGUCAGUGAAUGGAUGGGUUACUCACUUUUCUAUGAGUCCAUGCUUAACACUGUCAUCUUCGCUAGAGACAAGUGGCUGAAACCUGGGGGACUUAUGUUUCCAGACCGGGCUGCAUUGUAUGUGGUAGCAAUUGAAGAUAGGCAGUACAAAGACUUCAAAAUCCACUGGUGGGAGAAUGUAUAUGGCUUUGAUAUGACCUGUAUCAGGGAUGUUGCCAUGAAGGAACCCUUGGUGGACAUUGUAGACCCAAAGCAGGUGGUGACCAAUGCCUGUUUAAUAAAGGAAGUGGAUAUUUAUACAGUAAAGACUGAGGACCUGGUGUUUACCUCUGCCUUUUGCCUCCAAAUUCAGCGCAAUGACUACGUUCACGCCUUGGUUACUUACUUUAAUAUAGAAUUUACAAAGUGCCACAAGAAAAUAGGGUUUUCUACAGGACCAGAUGCCCCUUACACCCACUGGAAGCAAACCGUCUUCUACCUGGAGGACUACCUAACUGUGAGAAGGGGUGAAGAACUCUAUGGAAGUAUAUCCAUAAAGCCAAAUGAAAAUAAUGUGGUUAUGGAUCCGAAGAGGUCACCCAGACACUAAGGGUGAUCUGAAGCAUGGUGUGGGCUACAGAGAGCACACAUCCAGCCAGUUAGAGAGACCUGUUCUACCUGCAGCCGGCAGGAAAACAGAUGAACUCACUGGCAGAAGAUGGCGAUCAUCGUUCCAGCCCUGGAGGGAAGCUGCGCAGCAACAUGUGUGAGUAUGCUGGAGCCCCAGGGGGUGUGGAAGAUGGAAGAGCCAAUGCAGGAGGAUUUAGGUACAUUGGUAAGGCACCUGAAUGCACAGAGGGGUGCAAGUUCAAAUCCUGCAACAAGUUUCUUGAUUGUAGGGCGUGUUCUUAUCCUAGGACAUGUUCUUAUCCUAGGUCGGAAAGAAGAAGCAUGCGUCCUUUUGAGCUGGUUCACUUGGACCUUUCAGGGCCCGUGGCUACCCCAAACCUGGGUGGAGCCCACUAUGAGUUCACUUUGAUAGAUUACCAUUCCAGAAUGGGUUGGCUGAUUGAAGGAGAAAGGAGAGGCAGCCACUGUAAUUCAGGAAUGGGUUGCUGAGGUUGAGCUACAUGAUCCCUGAUGGUGUGCGCAUUUCAGAGUGAUCGCGAAGAAGAAUUCAUGGGGGUGGAGUUACAGGGGUUCUUCUAGAGUAAGGGGAUAAAAGUCAGUCCUCAGGAAAACGGAAUUGCUGAACGUCGUUUUCGCACAUUAUCUGAGGCUGGGGAGGCUCUACUCUUUGAUUCAGGGCUGCCCCAGAAGUUUUGGGGGGAGGCCUGGCGCUGUGCAAAUUUUUGUUUGAAUCGCUCUUACAAUUCUGUUGUUGAUGCCAUGCCCUAUUCUUUGCUGUAUGGCAAGAAACCCAAGGUCCAUUUUCUGCGCUUGUUUGGCUGCGAAGCCUGAGUUGUUCUUCCAUGCAACAGGCGUAGAAAGGGCAGACCAAGGUCAAGGAAGAUCAUUUUCUGUGGCUAUGAGCCAAACUCCAAGGGGUGGAGGUUUGUGUCCCCGAAGGGGGAUCAAACACGUGUCCACAUCAGCAGGAGUGCUGAGUUCUGUGUGCAGGAUGGGUGGAAGUGUCUUCAUGGGAAUCUUGAGGUCCUCCAUGACGGUCUGUUUGUUCCUGCCGAGGAGGAUGAAGCUCAGGUACCUGCUGGGGGUCCAGGCCAAGGCCCAGAUCAGGGGGCAGGACCAAGUGGAGAAACUCCUAGAGAGGUGAAGCAGGAAACCAAGAGUGCACCUACAUCUCAGGCAAGGCCUGGGAGACAUAGCAAGCGUAGCAGGUCACCCACGUCACCCAAACCUAGCCCGGAGGGUGCUAGCAAGCGCAGUAGGUCACUUGGGAGUGUUCCAGGCACAAGAGGGUCUCUUUUUUUUCAUAAUAAUCUUUAUUUACUUUACAUAUUUACAGCCGAAUACAUUUCACUUAUGUCAAAUUUUCUGUAACAUUAUUUUCCAGCAGUAA